GGGGAAGCCACGGACGGGGAAUAGAUGACGGCGGAGAUUUUAUCUGGGAGGCGAGAGACGAAGCAGGACAGACGGGCCAGUACAAGUACAGGCUCGUGGAGGGCUAGAGCACUCAGGGCUAUAGAUUGAUACAGGAUAGACAGGGGAGCUGGGGUUUGGGAUAUGUUGAUCGGGUUGUUUGGCUGAAAGAAGAAGUGCCUACCAAGCUGGUAGCUUCAACGCAUCUCUCGCGGUGAUGGAUCAAGAUUCAGCCCCCCUACGGGAUGAUGCGAAUCGCGCGGCUCAGACCGGUGCCGUUCUCUAGCACCACGGUAGCAUUGGCAAGCUGCAGCCGCGACCAUGUCCCAAAGGGGCGUAUCUAUAUCUCCGAUGUCAGGGAGAGCAGAUUUGCCCCAGGGCCCGGGCUCGCAUCUUUCUCGAAAGGUCGGCGGCCCACGCAGCGCGCAGCAUUCCUUGCACCAGCGCCCGCGGCGCGUGAGGGCAGCGGGAGCGGGCGUGCAGCGCGGUGCGAGGAUUGGCUCGCCUGGGCCGUCACUCUCCCGUGCAGCGACGCAGGAACAUUGGCCACGACACGACGCUCCAUGGGGCGACUCGACACGGCAGCACCAUCCAGCAGCCUGGGUCCGCGAUGUUUCAUCUGGGCAGCACCCAUGCAGCGAACAGAUGAUGUCGCGGCGGGCGGCGCUAGCGGGGACGGCGCUGUUCGGCGCGGCGAGCGAGGGUGGGUGGGCUGCGGGCCGUGGCGGCGGCUAGUGGAUGCCAUACGUCUGCUGCGGUGGAUGCUGGCAGAGGGUCCAGACAUCCGUCGGCGGUGCCUUGCUGGCUGGGCCGGGGUCGUCGUCCUCGCCGCCGUGGACACUGGAGUCGAGCAGCGAGCAGCGGGCUGGUCGCGGUGCCCGGGCCCGUGGGCAUCACCUGCCGCGGCGCGCCAGAUGCAACCCUCGCCCUCGCCUGGAGGUUCGAGUUAGAGCGCUGCGCCAGGGUGCAGCGCCCCAGCAUUGGCGGGCCCGGCAGGCUGGCUCACUGCGCAACGCUCCGAAAGCAGCGCGCGGUGGUGUGCGGGCAGCCAGUGGAAGCGGCCUGCGCGGCGGGGGCGUGACCGGCUGCGAGGAGCGCGGCGGGCGGCAGCCCUCGCAGCGAAUGGGCGCGGGCUGCGCGAACGGUGAGGACGAAAAGCGAGCCCUUGGCCGCGCCCUUGCGUCUGCGCUGGCUCUCCCAGGCGGCAGCCGCGAGCGAC